GCCGCGGUUUGGUGAGAAUCUACGUCUACCGCGAAGAGGGUAUAAGACCGGGCGAGACGUCAGUCUGCUCACCUUGGUCUCCUUUGAUCAACUUGUCAAGAGGCAGCGCUUCAUUGCGUCCUUGUCUCGUACUUGCCAGUUGUCGACUCGCCUCAAGCAGGCCUCGAGAGCAGCGCUUCAUUGCGUGUUUGUUCUCGUCGCCGUCACAUCAGCCCCAAGCAAGUAGCAAGCAAAGUCAAAGCACACAAGGAGGAUCGGCCGUCUGCAAAGAUGUCACCGAGCCAACACAAUACCAAGACUCGCAGAGCGGCAACAUGGCUCGCCUUGAGCGCUGUCGCGGCAUCGAUGAUGAGCGUCUCUGCUGCUCAUCUCGACAAGAAGGCACAACACGCUUUCCACCGCCCGAGCGAACAUGCCGGUCAUGGUGCGGCCGAGUGGGUCAGCUUAGGCUCUGGAUUUACCGAUAUUCCGGCAAAGCCAACCGCUUUUGGCGGAGUCGGCAAGAUCGCAGUGUCCGCUCACUCUUUCGUCAACGAUACCCCAACGGGUACCUACACGCUCAACCUACGUACCGUUGGUAAGAUCGUCAACAAUGGCGACGGCAGCGAUACUUCGUCUGGCACGUCGUCCGAUCAAACCAAUAGCACCCUAUCGUCUACCACUUCAGUGGGCGCACCCACGACUACUUUUGCCCUUGCCCCAGAGGCAACAGAGCUCGUCAAUACCAAGAACCCCAAGGCAGCCCUCGAGGCAUCGGAAGAAGCAACUGCAACAACCUCUUCGCGCUCUGCCAGCGCGAGCGCAUCUGCGACGACCGUGCCUGCAGGCGAGCCCACCGCAGCACCUGCUCCUUCGUCCUUGGGUGUCAAACUAGUCACAUCGUCCGAAGCCAAUCUGCCGACGCCUCUCAAAGCUUGGCAUGGUCCUGGCUCGAUGACUGCAAUCUCUGAAUGGACGACCGCGUUCAAGUUCAACCACUGGGCGUGGGGCAGCGACAAUGUCAAGAUUCAGAAGGGCAACCCUCCUGCUAGUCAGUGGUCAUCGGCUGGCAAGGCUUCCGAUGACUAUGUCAACAAGAACAACUCGCUCAAGGCGCUCUAUCCCAAGGGCACCUGGUCGCCGGGCAACAAGCCUGUCGGUGGCUUUGGCUUCAACGCAAUACCCAUGCCGAUCUCUGGAAGCAACAAUGUCUCGCUCGCCUACAGUGUCUUCUUCCCGAAGGACUUUGACUUUGUGCUCGGCGGCAAGCUUCCAGGUCUCUAUGGCGGCCAUACUGCAUGCUCUGGCGGUGUGGCAGCUGAAGACUGCUUCUCAACCCGUUUGAUGUUCCGCAAGAACGGCAUGGGCGAGCUCUAUCUCUAUGCUGCCCGAGACAAGCAGGUCGAAGCACUCUGUACCCUCCCUCCGCUCAGUUGGUGCGAUGCCGUCUACGGCAUGUCAAUCGGUCGUGGCAGUUGGACGUUCAAAACGGGCGAAUGGACCAACAUCCGUCAGGACAUCUGGCUCAAUACGCCCGGCAAGGCCAAUGGAGGCUUCAACAUCUGGGUCAAUGACGAGCUCAAACUACACUCUGAUACCGUCUUCUAUCGAGGCGCUCGAGGUGCAAGCAGCGGUACCGUCAAAGUUGGCGGCUACGUCUUGCUGUUUGAUUCCAAGGUCAAUCCUGGCUUCUCGACCUUCCCUGCACCAGCGGGCGCACCUCAAGUCGCCCCUACGUGUGCACCGACCGCUGUGACCAUUCCAGGCGAAACCGGUGAGCUCAUUGGCAGUGUCUCCGGUGUCGCUACCGCAACUGCGACAUCGUCGCUGUCCGUUGGUCCUAUCAAGGCUGGUGUCCGAACAAAGACGCUCACCAAGACCCUCACUCGUCACGUCACGAUCACGGACUACAAAACGAAGACGGCCGAGACAAAGCUUGUGACCGAGCAUAGCACGACCACUAAGGAAGUGCGCAGAUACAAGACAGUCACUGUGACGCCCACUGCUCAAGCUAAGAUCAUUGCCAAUCCGUCUGCGUUCCGCUUCAUUUCUGCUACCUCUGCCAAAUUCUCUACAACAGAGAUGCCCUCGUCUGCGCCAACAGCAGCGCCGACCCUGGUGCUUCAGCAGCGCGCGUUCAAAGUGACGACGAAGACAGUCCACAAGACCGUCUUCAGGACAAAGUAUCACACUACGACCAAGACGCGCACCAUCCACCCUACAAAGACGAUCGAGGCUGUCAGGACGAAGACGACGACGGAGCAUCGUACGAAGACGACGACUGUAGGCGUAGCAGCCUCGACGUCGACAGCGAUCGCCAAGGGCACUGGCUCGGGUAGCAAAGCUGUCGCCAAGGCAUGGAAUGCGUCUAACUCCAAGACGGACACGCAAGUGCUCGGCAUCAUGGCGGACACCUUUUUCGGUGGCUCAACGAAGCAAUACUCAAGUCCAAGGGAUCAGAACAGUUGGUUCCGCGAUUUCUCAAUAUAUGUGUGGUCUUGAUCUUCACCAACACUCGACAACUUCGACACGACCUUGUUGGCUGC